AUGGCAGCUACCGCAAAGCCAACAAAGAAUCAACUCAGGCGAGCGAAAAAGAAGGCCCAAAAGAACCAGCUAGCCAGCGAAACUCAUGGCGCUCAGGCAAGCACAGAACAAACACCCGAUCCUACGACCAGGGGCGAAACCCCGGGACAAUUACCGUCAACAAACGGCGAAAAGGUCAAAUCAGAAGAUAAACGCGAUGGCGAUCCCCUCACGGACCCUCUCAUUGUCGAUGAGGGAAAUCCUCUCUUCGAACUCUACAAGGAUGUUAUUGAGAAAUUCGAGGAGGCAGACAAGGAAGAUUCUACGUUAAAAGAGCCUGAGAAGCCCGAAGUCUACUAUGACGGCGAUGACGAUAUUCCCGAUGAAGAAGAAGAAGGAGCAGCACCCAAGAUAUCGAAGAAGAAGCGGAAGGAAAUGACAAAGCUCUCUGUUGCGGAAUUAAAAGCUCUUGUGAAAAAGCCCGAGGUGGUGGAAUGGACAGACACAUCGGCGCCCGACCCGAAGUUACUGGUUCACCUAAAAUCCUACCGAAAUGUGGUUCCUGUUCCCAGUCACUGGUCAUUAAAGAGAGAGUAUCUCUCCUCGAAGCGAGGCAUUGAAAAGCCACCAUUUGCGCUCCCAAAAUUCAUCCAAGAAACCGGCAUUGCCGAAAUGCGGGAUGCGAUUCUCGAGAAACAGGAUCAGGCCACUUUGAAACAAAAGCAACGAGAGCGGGUACAAGGAAAGUUGGGCAAACUUGAUAUUGAUUAUCAAAAGCUCUACGAGGCAUUCUUCCGCUUUCAGACGAAACCCGAGUUAACAAGAUAUGGCGAGGUGUAUUACGAAGGAAAGGAGUUUGAGACCAACCUGCGACAUCUGAGACCCGGCGAAUUGUCCGAUGAAUUGAAAGAAGCUCUUAACAUGCCACCGGGGGCCCCGCCGCCGUGGCUAAUAAACCAGCAAAGAUAUGGCCCACCGCCUGCAUAUCCGGCGCUGAAAGUUCCAGGCGUAAAUGCGCCUCCACCUCCAGGCGCAAGCUGGGGCUUUGCACCUGGACAAUGGGGUAAGCCACCAGUUGAUGAGGCAACAAAUAGACCACUCUAUGGUGGGGACAUUUUUGGUGUGCUACAACAGCAGCAAAACACGCAACAGGGUGAACCUAUCGAGAAAGAAUUGUGGGGUGAAUUGCAAGAGCAAGAAGAAGAGGAAGAGGAAGAGGAAGAGGAAGAGGAGGAAGAGGAGGAAGAAGACGAAGACAGAGAAAUUGGUGGUGCCGGCCUCGAGACCCCAGCAGGUCUUGAGACUCCCCAAUCAAUGAUCGGCGGAACAGAGACGGUGUCAGAAUUCGACCUCCGUAAACGUCGCGGCACAGAGACUGAAGAAUCAUCCCACCCCAGAUCAGCAUAUCAAGUAAUACCUGAACGCCAAACGCGGGUCGAAGGCUUCAUGGGCAGUGACCGAGCCUACGAUCUUAAAGCCGCACAACAAAAUGUUAGCAACCUGCCAGUUCUCGGACAAGAAGAAUCCCGCAAACGCAAAAAGCCAGGCGACGUAGAUGUGUCGAUGGAUCCGGAUGCUUUGGCGGCACAUGACGGUAUGGAUAAAGAUGAUAUCCGUCGCGCGUAUGACCAGCAGCGGAAAGCGGAACAAAAUCCUGGGUGGGAUUUCCAGGAAGAUCUCUCAGAGAUGAUCGCCUCGGAGUCGCGGAAGAGGCAGAAGAGAGAUGAGGAAAGGAGAGGUAAACGGUGA